UCCGUCGGAGGUGGUUAUCCGCAGUGGUCCCUCCCACGUUGACGUUGGUUAAUCACAACACAAUUUUUGGGCAUAAUUGUCGUUUGUAGAGACACAAUUUGUUUGCAAUGGGGAAGGCAAAGAGAAUUCGCAACAGAGGACCACGGCAUGAUCCUGUUGGUUUGAAUGGUAAUCAAUCUGCGUCUUUGAAAGAAGAGGAUGGGGGCAGUAGUACAGAGACUAAAAGCGAGUUGUUGGUAGAAAAUGUUGUGGAAAAGCUGCAAUCCCAUGAAGAAGAAGAGAAAAUAUCAGGAUUAUUCAUGUUGGCCGAUGUCUUUGAUGGCAGUACUUUAGCAGAGGUAGCUAAGAAUCGCCUUGUACGCAUAGCAGGACCAUUACUUGUUGAUCCUAGUUCCAAUGUUCGCAAUGCUGCAUCUGGUGCCCUCAGGAACUUAACAGCUAGCGGUGGACCAGAAUUUUGUGACGUUCUCGUUGAACAGGAUAUAAUGACCUCUCUCUGCUCUCUACUUCUUAAAUAUGGAAAUGAAUGGCAACCUAAAUCAUCCGAUACACCUGAAAAAGAUGUGGACUCUGAUACUCUUGUCAAUGCCGUGAACAUUUUAUGGAAUUUGUGUGAAAGUAAUGCAACUGCUCUAAAGUACUUCAACAAUGCACAAAUUCUUCCUCUUCUUGUGCGUUGUCUUGAUGUCAGUACUUUUGGAUUAGAUAUUUCAACAGCUGUUGCUGAGUGUCUGCACACAGUAACUGAAGAAAAUCAAGAUGCUGUGUUAAAGAUGCAAGACUUGGGGUCCAACCUUCAACAGAUCCUUACUUCUCAAAAUGAAGAUGCAAAUGUCAUGCUGUUUAAAGUUUUAGUUGCAGGAAUUCUCAUUAAUAUUAAUUUUGGAGCUGUGGAAGCCAUGGACCCCAGCCGAUUGUCUCUGAUAAUGGCUACACUUUCAUUCGCAUUAGAAUAUGACCAACGAAAAAUGCUAAACCAACUCACAAGCCAACUUGAAAUUGAUAUUCAGAAGCUCAACCCCAGAAGGAAAAGGAUAAGGGAUGCUGUUGAUGAGGAAAUGGAAGAUGAGGAAGAAGAGAAUGAAGAAGAAAAUGAUGAAGAAAAUGGCAAGACCAAAAAUUGUGACAGACGCUCUAAGGCCAGAGGAAGACGCCCUGUGCCAGAAGAUAGGACCGCUGAUAUGCUUAAAAAGGAAGAGAAAUUAAUAUCUGAUGCAGCUAGAUUAUUACAAGCACAGUUAGUUUCUUUAGAAGUUCUAGCAAAUUUAUGCUCUGGUGAAGAUGAUGAUGAGGAUGGUAUGGAUGCUGAUGAUUCUGAAUCCGAAGGAAUGAGCGAGUCAAGUUAUACUGAAGAAUCAAAGGGGCCAGAAUCUGUUCCCUUUGGAAUUUCCUCUGAUAUUUUAGAAGCUAUUGUGAGCCAACGUUUAGUAACUAAGGUGUGGGAUAAAACUAUUUUACCUGCCGAAAAUGUUUGUGAAAUGUUACAAGAGCAUAUGGACUGUGAAGUUAUUUUUAGCAGAGUCAAUUCACUUCGCAGUAGAGCAUUUUUGUGUCUGCAAAAUUUAAUAGCAGUAAUGGACCUUGAGGAGCUGGGUGGUUGUAAUGAUUUGUACAAUAUGUGGCUUGAGACAACAAAACUCGUUUUUCAGAAAACCAAAUCUGACGAUUUGCCACUUCUUGAGGCAGCAACAUCUGUGAUGCGAGCUGCAGUUUUACGUCUUGCUCAAGCAAAAGCUACACAGUUUUCAUCACUAAGUGCUGAUGAUCUUCAAAUUCUUCUGAAAGGUGAAAGUCAAUGUAAAGACCCCAACGUAAGAGCAAAUCUCAUUCGAAUUGUUGGUUGUAUUGGACAAAUGCUAGCUCCUAUUUGUUCACCCCAUCUACUGGUAAUUGGGAAGUUUCUGUUGGAUGUUGCAUCUCGUGAUGCCGAGGUUUGGGUUUCUGCAGAGGCACUUGAUUGCAUAUUUGAUGUGUUUGGAGAGGAUGAAACCGAUCAAGCUGCUUUCGAUAUUGAUUUGGUCAACAAAUUGCGGUCAUUUGCUGGACCAUUGAAGAGCAGGGUUCGUAUGCAGAGGAAAAACCUAGGGGACCAUUACUCAGUUGUUAUGACAGCCACUUCUAAUUUAAAUCGGUUCAUUAAAUACAAAAGUAAAAGGCUAUUGAAAUUUUCCUCUAAUGGACACAUCUAAAUCUAAUCUUUAGAUUGGUGGUUGCCAAAGAAGAUGUAAUGUUAUAUACUUGCAGACUGCUGCAAAAACUUAGUUGUUUAGAAGAAAUAUUUAAUGGUUUUUACAUACAGAAACCAUUUUCAAAAAAAAUCUUGACAGUGAGUUAGUUUUUGACUUUACCUUAAUUGUGUACUGAAAUGAGAUUCUUUUUAAAUGUACGGUACUGUCGGCUUUUAUGAAAUCAUAGUUGAGUCAUUCUUUGUUCAACUAAAAGACUGGUAUGUCUUGUAAUCAUGUAUAUAUCCUAUGUCCAAUUUAAUCUACUGUUAUGAACAGUAUUCAUUUUAUCGAUAUAUCAUUAUUUUAUAUAAGGUCUUUAUAUUCUGUUAAGAAGUUGUUACUCAAAUCAGCAUUUUGUGACAUUGUAUUUAAUAUGAUGAUGGUGUAAAUAAAACUUACUCACUUGAA